GCGAGAGUAGUAAACAGAACUUCACUUCGCACCGAAGCAGCCGACAAGAUGCACGCAAUCCGGGUGAUCGUCAUGGUCCUGACAGCGUGGAAUGUAGCUGAAUAUUAUGCUAAAGCGGUUCUACCAUCCGAUGCCGACUAUGAGGACAUGGCGAAGCAUGCAGAUGAAAACAUAGCAAAACUGCGGACACUCCUGACUGCCGUGGAUGUUCCGCCGGCGAGCAAUGGCAGAUCGACCCUGAAACCCGCUACGACGACAAUUAACGCGCAACUGAACGAUUGGCUGGAACACAUGUUACGUCAUAGUAAAAGGGCGUGGCCAAACGGGCAUGAUGAUGAAGAAAAUACUGCGAAGCCUUUCGCCUGGACACCGCAGAGCUCCCAAUACUACUAUCUGGAGGAAAACCAAUUCCGGACGAAAACAACUGAAAAUUAUGAAGAAACUGACGAUGUGAUGGAACACAUGAAGAGACUGGGCUUGGCGCCUAAGAUCAGUCCGCGCUCGGAGAAUAGCAAUGCACUUGUAGCUGACGAAGUGGACGAACUCACUCGUGGCUUCGACAGCACGGACAGGCCUCGCCACACCUUCCUAUACGAAACGAACGCCUCAAAUCUCUCUGAUUCUAUCUACAGCAUCGCAAUUCUGAUCGGUGUCAUCGCUGCCAUCACUGUGUCCCUUAUUGGAUUGACUUACGGACUCUACGUUUUAUCGAAGAAGAUACGAGCAACAGGCGAGCCCGAAUACCCUGCUUACGGUGUAACCGGACCCUCGGAUCCUAACGGUGACAGCAGACUGGCGCACUCCGCGCAUCUCUACCACUACCAGCAUCAAAAGCAACAGAUCAUUGCUAUGGAAAGGGGUGGUGUGCCUGAGAUUCGUCCUGGAUCCGUGUCCGAACCAGAGUCCGAUGAAGAAAACGAAGAGGGAGAUUACACUGUGUACGAAUGUCCCGGCUUCGCUACCCUACGUUUUGCAUUCUACAUGCUGCAUGUGCAUUCGACAAUAGUCACCAAGCAGUUGAACGACUUUUUUCUACUUUUGUUCGUCGUGUUUGAAUUGCCAUCGAAUAUGAGAAAGACCGGUGACAUGGAAGUUAAGAAUCCGAUGUUCUCUGACGAUCCGACGCCGGCCACACCCGGCAAAUGCGAGAUCGUUCGUCCCCAGCCCAAGGAGUAAUCGCCUAGCUCCAGCAUCUGCGCUCUCGGCUAUAUAACGAGGACAACGCUAUUGCUCUAUUUUGACAACGUAUACUAUCUACUGAUCGAUCUCUUUGUAAUCGAUCCCUUUUUUUAAUAUUUUGUAGUUUUAAUCAUUUAUAUAAUCGAUAAUGAUAUUAAAUCUAUGUGAAAACUAUUUCAUGUCGAAGAUUUGAAUAUGUUAAAUCGUUUAUACUAUCCAAACUUUAUGGCGGCUUU